CUUUGAUGAAAGAUUGUCUAUUACAUUGACCUAAUUGAUUUUGCAGUGUAAUCACGUGUGGUGUGAACAGAUCGGCGAUUGGGCAAAACUAAUCAAGCGUAUGGAACGUUGAGCCAUGUACGGAAGCCGAACAAGGACCUGCUGGUGGAUUUUUGAAUCUGACAUGACAGCUAUUUCUCACACAGAGCCAGAGCUACUUAUCGCAACAGAAAGGGGGUUCGGGAUUAUCUCUUUGCUCUAAAAACAAAGUGAGAGAUCCAAACCCUUUGCUACUAAAUACAUCUGGAUUGCAUCUGCCAUUCUGUAAAUGCUCAUUGCCACGGUACCGGUAGCUACUGCUAACAAAGCAAUUACGGAUCUGACAAAUCGGUGCGACCAGGAUGGAGUGGCAGCCGGAUGAACAGGGUUUGCAGCAGGUACUUCAGCUGCUGAAGGACUCCCAGUCUCCAGACACAGCCACACAGAGAGCUGUGCAGGAAAAACUGGAACAGCUCAACCAGUUCCCAGACUUCAACAACUAUCUCAUCUUCGUCCUUACAAGCCUCAAAUCAGAGGAUGAGCCGACCCGUUCUCUAAGUGGUCUCAUAUUGAAGAACAAUGUGAAGGCCCACUACCAGAACUUUCCUCCUCUGGUCGCUGACUUCAUCAAGAGGGAAUGUCUCAACAACAUCGGAGAUCCCUCACCCCUCAUCAGAGCAACCAUCGGCAUCCUGAUAACAACCAUAGCAUCUAAAGGAGAGCUGCAGACUUGGCCUGAACUCCUCCCUCAACUCUGUAACCUGCUCAACUCUGAAGACUACAAUACCUGCGAGGGUUCUUUCGGAGCACUGCAGAAGAUCUGUGAGGAUUCUUCAGAGCUGUUGGACAGUGAUGCUCUCAACAGACCCCUGAACAUCAUGAUCCCCAAGUUCCUACAGUUCUUUAAACACUGCAGCCCAAAGAUCAGGUCUCAUGCCAUAGCAUGUGUGAAUCAGUUCAUCAGCAGUAGAGCCCAGGCUCUGAUGGAUCACAUCGACACCUUCAUCGAGAGUCUGUUUGCUCUAGCGGGGGAUGAGGACUGUGAGGUGAGGAAGAACGUGUGUAGAGCUCUGGUCAUGCUGCUGGAGGUCCGGAUAGACCGACUCAUACCACACAUGCACAGCAUCAUACAGUACAUGCUCCAGCGAACCCAGGACCCAGAUGAGAAUGUCAGUCUGGAGGCCUGUGAGUUCUGGCUCACCCUGGCUGAGCAGCCCGUCUGCAAGGAGGCCCUGUCUGGGCACCUGGUCCAACUCAUCCCUAUCCUGGUGAAUGGGAUGAAGUACUCUGAGAUAGACAUCAUCCUCCUAAAGGGAGAUGUAGAGGAGGAGGACGACACCGUACCAGACAGUGAGCAGGACAUCAAGCCUCGCUUCCACAAGUCACGCACUGUCACCCUGCAACACGAGGGAGGAGAGGGGGAGGAGGGGGAGGACCACGACGAUGACGAUGACGACGAUGACACGCUCUCCGACUGGAACCUGCGGAAGUGUUCAGCGGCAGCGUUAGACGUGUUGGCUAACGUGUUUCGUGAUGAGCUCCUCCCCCACCUGCUGCCCCUGCUGAAGGGCCUGUUGUUCCACCCAGACUGGGUCGUCAAGGAGUCUGGAAUACUGGUGCUGGGGGCUAUCGCUGAGGGUUGUAUGCAGGGCAUGGUUCCCUACCUACCAGAGUUGAUGCCUCACCUCAUCCAGUGUCUCUGUGAUAAGAAGGCCCUGGUGCGCUCCAUCGCCUGCUGGACCCUGUCCCGCUACGCCCACUGGGUGGUCAGCCAGCCCCCCGACUCCCACCUCAAACCCCUCAUGACUGAACUCCUCAAGAGGAUCCUGGACGGGAACAAGAGGGUUCAGGAGGCCGCCUGCAGUGCGUUUGCUACCCUAGAGGAGGAGGCCUGUACAGAGCUGGUUCCCUAUCUGAGCUUCAUUCUGGAUACUCUGGUCUUCGCCUUUGGAAAAUACCAACACAAGAACCUGCUCAUACUGUACGACGCUAUAGGAACACUGGCCGACUCCGUAGGACACCACCUCAACCAACCGGAGUACAUAGAGAAGCUGAUGCCUCCUCUCAUCGCCAAGUGGAAUGAGCUGAAGGAUGAAGAUAAGGACCUGUUUCCUCUGUUAGAGUGUCUGUCCUCUGUAGCUACAGCCCUCCAGAGUGGCUUCCUGCCCUACUGUGAACCAGUCUACCAGCGCUGUGUUACACUGGUGCAGAAAACACUGGCUCAGGCUAUGAUGUACAGCCAACAGCCGGACCAGUACGAAGCCCCUGAUAAGGACUUUAUGAUCGUGGCCCUGGACCUCCUCAGUGGUCUGGCUGAGGGCCUGGGGGGCCACGUUGAUCAGCUGGUGUCCCGGAGCAACAUCAUGACACUACUGUUUCAGUGCAUGCAGGACACCAUGCCAGAGGUGAGACAGAGCUCCUUCGCUCUGCUGGGGGAUCUGACCAAGGCCUGCUUCCCUCACGUCAAACCCUGCAUCGCUGAGUUCAUGCCUAUUCUAGGGACCAACCUGAACCCAGAGUUCAUCUCUGUGUGUAACAAUGCUACCUGGGCCAUUGGAGAGAUCUGCAUGCAGAUGGGUGUAGAGAUGCAGCCCUAUGUGUCUCUGGUUCUGAACCAGCUGGUAGAGAUCAUCAACAGACCCAACACACCCAAGACCUUGCUGGAGAACACUGCCAUUACGAUUGGUCGGCUGGGCUACGUGUGUCCUCAGGAGGUGGCUCCGAUGCUCCAGCAGUUCAUCAGACCGUGGUGUACGUCCCUACGGAACAUCCGUGACAACGAGGAGAAAGACUCCGCCUUCAGAGGGAUCUGCAUGAUGAUUGGUGUAAACCCUGGGGGAGUGGUCCAGGACUUCAUCUUCUUCUGUGAUGCCGUGGCGUCCUGGGUCAGCCCUAAAGACGACCUGAGAGACAUGUUCUACAAGAUCCUCCAUGGUUUUAAGGACCAGGUAGGAGAGGAGAACUGGCAGCAGUUCUCAGAACAGUUUCCUCCCCAGCUGAAGGAGAGACUGUCUGCCUGCUACGGCGUGUAGAAACCCCCCCUAACCUAACAUCAGGUGAGCCAGUAGUAGAGGAGGAAGGUGAAAAGGAAUCUCAUCCAUCUGUGUUAAUGCCCUGAACUGAUCUGGGGGGAGAGGGACCCAUCACGCCAUUGGCCGCUCCCCCUGACAGACGGCCCCUACGCCCUAUGUAUUUCUCCAUAGCGGGAGGGUGGGCGGGACUUGGGGAGGGACAGGGGGACACCUCUAGAUUAAAGAUUAAGGGGACCCAACCAACACAGAGAAACCAACUAAGGUAGGGACAGAUAGAGGGGGUACCUACAUUCAGAAGGAAAAGGUUCCAACGCAGAAACAGGUAGGGACAGAUAGAGAAUGAAGAGUGAGGGAAAGAGGGGUAGGUAGAGGCCAGCUAGACUACAGUAGAGAUGGGUAGGUAGAGGCCAGCUAGACUACAGUAGAGGCCAGCUAGACUACAGUAGAGAGAGGUAGGUAGGGGCCAGCUAGACUGCAGUAGAGAGAGCGAGGGGUAGGUAGGGGCCAGCUAGACUGCAGUAGAGGGGUAGGUAGGGGCCAGCUAGACUACAGUAGAGAGAGGUAGGGGCCAGCUAGACUGCAGGAGAGAGGGGUAGGUAGGGGCCAGCUAGACUGCAGUAGAGGGGGUAGGUAUGGGGCCAGCUAGACUGCAGUAGAGGGGGGGUAGGUAUGGGGCCAGCUAGACUGCAGUAGAGAGGGGUAGGUAGGGGCCAGCUAGACUGCAGUAGAGAGAGGGGUAGGUAGGGGCCAGCUAGACUACAGUAGAGAGAGGUAGGUAGGGGCCAGCUAGACUGCAGUAGAGAGAGAGAGAGGUAGGUAGGGGCCAGCUAGACUGCAGUAGAGAGAGGUAGGUAGGGGCCAGCUAGACUGCAGUAGAGAGGUAGGUAGGGGCCAGCUAGACUGCAGUAGAGAGGGGUAGGUAGGGGCCAGCUAGACUACAGUAGAGGGGUAGGUAGGGGCCAGCUAGACUACAGUAGAGGGGGGUAGGUAGGGGCCAGCUAGACUGCAGUAGAGAGAGAGAGCGAGGUAGGUAGGGGCCAGCUAGACUACAGUAGAGAGAGAGAGAGGUAGGUAGGGGCCAGCUAGACUACAGUAGGUAGGUAGGUAGGGGCCAGCUAGACUACAGUAGAGAGAGGUAGGUAGAGAGGCCAGCUAGACUAAAAAAUCCACCACACAGAGAGCCAUAGACAGAGAGACUGACAGGCACUCCCACAGUAAGACACACACACUUGCAAUACAUAGAGCUUUGUGUAGAUGGCGCUGUUACACUAGUCAGACUCCGACACUACCAGUAAGGGAUUAACAGUCAGUGAGGGACAGACAGCGUGUUGGGGACAGACAGGUAGGUGUCUAGCCUCUGUUUAUUUCUGGGAGAUAGCUGUUUUUUUCUGGGUUAAAGGAUCUUCUAUAUGAAUUAAUAUUCCGCCUGUUGUUACUCGAUCACUGGUUCACUGCUGAUCUCUCAUCCACCAAGCAUGUUUUGGUUUCUGUCCUUUUCCCUAAGGAAUGCUUUCUUCAUAUAACUAUCAUGAGAUAAUUCUCAUGUUCUCUUCUAGAUAGACGGGAGAUAACUAACCUCUUGGUUCAUACAAGUCAUCAUUAUAAGAGGGAGAGAAAUAGGGCUUAAAUAAUACCUGUUAUUCUUACGUAAAGUUAGGAAACUACAGAUCACAGCCUCUCGCCUCUAGUUGUACCUGUUUGUGUGUCGUGUCUGAGUUUGUUUACCUAUUGUUUACCCUACAUGACACUGUUGAUUGUUUUAAUAAGGUAACGAUUUAACACUUGACUCCUCCCACCCUAUUGUCCUCCACCUGUAAACUGUGACCAACUGUGUGUGUGUGUUGCCAUAGUGAUAUCUUGAGGAAAGAGAUUAAACCCAGAAUUGUUUAUCCUGAUAACGUGUUACAAGAGGUCCAUAUUUUGUUGCUUUUUGUUUAUUAUUUUUUAAUUUGCUGCUACUGUUUUUUUUAGUUUCCAUGGUGAGCUUAAAUGAACACAAACAAAACAUUUGUUUAUUUUUAGUUUUGUGGUUUUGCACUUUUAAUUUUUUAUUUUUGUAUUAAGGAUUUUUAAAAACUUCCCUCAUAAAGGACAUCUGAAUUCUACCGUC